UUUCUGCACCGGAUGCGGAAGUUUAAAUGUAAAAAUUCAUGUCGGUCCGGUGUCUGGACCAUUCCAGUAGCAACAUAAAAUGGGAGUUACUGUCCAACAAAUUACCCCUGGAAAUGGUCAGACAUAUCCAAAGAAAGGACAAGUAGUAGUUGUUCAUUACACAGGGACAUUAGAGAAUGGGCAAAAGUUUGAUUCCUCAAGAGACAGGGGGCAGCCAUUUAAAUUUAGGAUUGGUCACCAAGAAGUCAUCAAAGGCUGGGAUGAAGGUGUUGCUAAAAUGAGUAUUGGAGAGCGAGCUAUUCUGACUUGUAGUCCGGAUUAUGGAUAUGGAAGUAUUGGAUACCCAGGCGUUAUCCCUCCCAAUUCAAAGCUAGUGUUUGACGUAGAGCUGCUGAAACUAGAAUGAAGCCACUACAGACCACCUAUAUAUCUAAUUUAUUAAAACAUUUCCUUUACUUCAAUGGAACAAUUUUAUUUACAAUGGAGGAAAGUGGAAGACUUGUCAAACAGAUUUUCUAUGUGUGCAUAUACAUGUAUUUUGAUAAGAGUUUUGUGUUCAUUAGGAAUAAUUAUUUUUUAUUAUUACCUGUGGAGUUACAAUAUUGUAUACUAAAUGUGUUUUUAAAGACUUGCAUGAUUAUUUGAUAUUUGUCCCUGUAAGUAAUUUCUGAUGAUGAAUGUUUGUGUUGUUACAAAACUUGGUUGUACUAUUAAUUAUUUGUUACACAAGGCCAUAGAUCUAGAAGGCAGUUCACAAGUGUGUAGGUACAUGUAUCUUUGCAGAAUAAGGUUUAUGUGUGUUGUUUAUAUAAAGUAGAAUAUCAUGAGUUGCUGCAACUUCAAUAAGUUAUUAGUAUUCUGUCUGCAUUUGAGAAUACACGCUUGUUUCCAAUGGUUCGCAUCAAUGGUUCGCAUUAGUACGAUAAAUCUUGAAGGGUUUUGAUGCAGAAAUUUGAAGUCUUUAAUCUGUGACAGUUGUUGUGCUUCACAUCACAAGCAGUAUGUAUUUGUGCCUGUCAAUUAACUGGUUUGAUUAAAUUAGAAUAUUCCUAAAGAGUAGUCUUUAGCACAUGUGGACACAUUUCAUAAUCAAAUACAAUUUGAUGUUUGCAAUGGAGUUCUCUAAGAAUCAUAUGGAUUUUUUUUUUUCACAUGUGCAUAUUUUUGUUAUUUGCAAGCAAAUGCCUAAUCCCAAUUUAUUAUUAAUUUUUUAAAUUAUAUUUUAGAACACUCUUCAAAACAAGGGUCCUUUGAAUGUUGAAUAUCAAAAGUCUUUAUAGCAGUACAUUUAAACAGAUUGAACACACUUAUUUAUAUUUUACUGCUUCAUAAGGAAUGGAAAAAAGUUUCACAAUGACAUGUGACCUUGUUACAGGGGGAGGUAAAUUUAAAUUUACUUAGUUGAAAUAAUAAUGUUUGCAAAUUGAAGAGACAUUUUCUGUCCAUUUCGUAACAAUUUACAUAUUUUAUCAUCUAAGAUUUCCGUAGUUUAAAACAUAACCAAGGAUUAAAGAAUAUGAUAAAUGUUAACAAAUAAAUCACCAGGGUGCAGAUCUCUGAAAUGUUAAAGUAGGGCUUAUAUUCUGUUUCUGUAACAUGUAUUAUCACUGUUAUGGGUUUUAAAUCCCUCAGUAUACUAAUCUCAUUAACUCACGUUAAAUGAGACUACCUUUGAAAACUAUUUUUAUUUAUCAUCCAACUCUUUCUUGAUUCAGUGGUACAAUGUAUCAUUAUACAGUAAAACACACUUCUAGCGAACAUGCCUAUAAUGAACUGACACUUACAGUGAAGUGAUUUUCAUUCUUUGUUGCUUUAAUACAUGUAUAUAUUAUGAACUUAUUGGAUAUAACGAAUUAGGUUUAUAACGAAGCAAAAUCAUGAGUCCCUGGCACUUUGUUAUAAUUGUGUUUUACUGUAAUUCAUUUUCAUUUAAUGGGCAUUUACUAAUUUCUUUUUAUGUUAUUUGGUCACAUCUAUUUGUAUUUGUGCUAUUUAUGUGAUAUGAAUCUUCUUGUAGCAGCGUGUGUUGCCACAUUUGCAUUGCUUGUCUUAGAUUUAUAAUUUGUGCAAUCAGAGAAACUCCAGCAACUCAUUACUUAGUGUAAAAUAAGUUCACUGCUAGAAUUAAAUAUUAGGUUGUGAAUAUGUAAAUAUAUUUUUAUUUGCUUGAUUAUAAAACAGUUUUGAAUGGAGCUAUGAAUUUGAUUUUUAUCUGAUAAUGUGAACACCUGAUUAUAUAGUCAGGAACAAAAUUUCAGGUUUUGUUGACUGCAAUGAGGAUUACAUUAUCUGUAUGUUAUUUACACAACACAUCUAUACUUGGUAUUGGUUUCAUCUGAUCUUUUGAAUGUAUGAAAUGUAUGACUAAUCUAUGACAAAAAGUGUAUUGCUUGAACUCGCUUUCCUUCUCUCACUGGUUCAAGAGACUGCACAGCUGUAAUGAAACUCAAAGGAUCAAACAGUUGAUUAAAUUAUAGGUAUAAUCUUUGUGUCUAUUGCAUUGAUUUAAAAAACUUUUCAGAGUUUCUAUUUACUUUAUGCAGUUUAUAACAUUUUAUAAACAAUCUUGUCAACAUUGUGUUUUUUGCAUUUUUGUUAAGUUUAUUUUAAUAAAUGCAUGUAAAUAUACAAUAAUUUUAUUUCACUUGAA